AUGUCUUUAUUAAAUUGGUUAACAAAGUUUAACUCAAAUGCAAAUAAUUCAACUUCAGACUUGCCAAGCCAAGAGGAAACUCCAGCAAAAAAAUCAAAAAUGUCUUUUUGUAAUGAUGGUGAGGAUAAAACUUGCACAAAUUUAAUUAGUGGUGAUAUAAAUAGUUUAAGCGAGAGUGAUGACCACGCAAGUCAUAAUGUUAUUGAUGGCGAUUCUAAAUAUUUUGAUUUUCCAAGUGUUUGGACAAAUGAAAUGUACUCUAAGUUUUAUGCAAAAUAUCCCUGGUUAGUAGUGAAGAACCAAAAAUUAGGUUGUAGUGUCUGUAAAAAUAUUCAAAACUUAGCCACUUAUAAAGCACAAGGAAUAAGGUUUGCUAUUGAAUGGGUAGAAUGUAAUGUGAAUACUUAUGGAGUGACUGUUAAAGACAAAAGACAAUCAUUAAGAAAAAAAAUUCAUAAACAUAAAAACAGCGAAUGUCAUAAGAGAUGUGAAGAGAUUUUUCAAGUUCAAGAGAAAAAUAUUUUGCAAACAGCUGUGUCAAAAGGCAUUUCUGUUCAGUUUGAGAGUACAGUUAGAGUAUUUAAUACAGUUUAUAAUAUCAUUAAAAAGACAAGGCCAUUCACUGAUUUACCAUAUGAUAUUGAACUUCAAAAGUCAAACGGACUCGAUAUGGGUCGCAUAUUACAUAGUGAUCAUGCUUGUGCUGAUAUUUCUAGUCACAUUGCUACUGAAAUGAGAGCAAAAAUUACACAGUUUCUAAUUCAAAAUAAUUCUAAAAUUUCUAUAUUGAUUGAUGAAGCUACUUCAGUGUCAAAAAAAACUUGUUUGGUGCACAAGUUUUCACAUGAAUAUUUGAUAAAUAAUUUUAUUUGUUUUGCUUGUGAUGGUGCUUCAAAUAUGAUUGGACGAAAAGCUGGAGUUGCAAAACUCCUUAAUGAUAAGUAUCCUAAUUUAUUGAUCUGGCAUUGCUCUAACCAUAGACUGGAGCUUGCUGUUGAUGAUGUUCUUAAUGAAGUAACAGGUAUUAAUCAUUUCAAGUUAUUUUUUGAUUCUCUUUAUUCAUUUUAUAAUGCUUCACCAAAAAACCAGUAUGGUCUAAGAAAAUGUGCCAAAGAAUUAGAUUUGCAGUUUCUUUCAAUUGGUCGUAUUUUAAAUACUAGAUGGGUAGCUUCAAGUUUAAGAUCAGUUAAUGCUGUUUGGAGAAAUUACGAAGCCCUUUGUUUACAUUUUGAAGAAUGUAGUAAAGAUAAUUCUAGAACAUCAAAAGAAAAAGCAAUUUUUAAUGGUCUCUUAUUUGAUGCUUUAACAGAAUUGUCUGAUCUUUCAUUAGAACUUCAAAAAAGAUGUUUAAAAUUACCAGAAGCUCAUAAUUUAAUUAGGAGACAAAUUCUCAUUUUUGAAUCUAUGUCAGAAAAUUGUUAUGAUGGGUAUUAUAAAAAAGCUGAAGAAUAUAAUUGUAGUUUAACUUUCAAAAUAAAUGAAAGAGAAUCAAUCAGAGGUUUUCGUGAAUAUGUAGAUAAUAAAUCUAUAAUACCAAACAAUCUAAAACCUCUUAUUGUAGCUGUAAAUUCUUUGGUAGUUUCUACAGCUGAAUGUGAGAGACUUUUUAGUGCUAUGAAUAUAAUUCAUAACGAUGCUCGAAAUUCAUUAAAAGUCUCACGGUCUUGGAUUUUAAAAGGAAGAAGAAGUGCUGACCAUACUCAAUGUGUUUCUAAGCAGCCAAUUUCCUUUAACACUGAGUAUGAAAGUCUUUGGGAGAAAAUGUAA